AUGAUGAAGGUGUCGAGUAACUUAGUAACGAAAUUGAAGGACUCGGGACUCAUGGAUGCAAAGUCGAUUGCUUCAUUACAUAAAGACAUGUCAAGUGCAGCUGCUAGCUUAACUGGAUAUUUCCAAGGGAACUUACGGUACCUCUUUUUGGAAUCACUUCUGGACUUGGGGAGCUUUGAGAGGAAGGCGUCGUACUUGAUCGACAUUGACAACACGGACACGACCAAGUUGUUUAGAAAAGAAAUUGCGAAACAGAAGAUGGAUGUGUAUUACAUCAUGAAAGGGAUGGUGAUGUGCGAGAAGAAAAAGGAGAAACAGCAAGAAGCCAUUAGCAUCGACAAGGCUGACACAAAAAAUGAGACGCAAUGCAUUUGCUUUGCGAACGAAGACUUUCUCACGUUCAUGGACAUGAAGUGUAAUGUAUUUGUGAAGCGAGUGUAUAGUAGACAGAUCACAUCAAUCAAAGUGACUGAAGGCACCGAGAUGAGUGUGAUCAUCGACACACCAAAGAUGACCCUCUUCAUCAGAGGAGAGAAAGUCAAUUUGUUUGUGAUUUACAUGAUGCGUGGGUUUGCACAUGGGUUCUAUCGUAAACCGACCUUCCACUUGACUGGGCCUUAUGGUGUCUUGACUCGUAUAUUGCCAUAUCCACUCAACCACAAACAACAAUCUGGCGGAUUCCUUGGUGUCUACAAAGCGAACUGUGCCAGUUUUGGUAUCAGAAUGAAUGGAGCGCUUGUCUUUGAUAUUGAGAAGGACAUCAACUUACAAACCCCAGGGGAGGAGUACACGUUAGACCUUUCGAAAUAUUAUAACGACGAUUACAACAACACAAAAGAGGAUUGUUUGUUGGACAUUGAUAUGCAGCCGAUCUUUGGAUCGCUUGGAGAGAAUUACUACUUCAAAAAAGUGAUCAUCAAAGACACCAACUUAAGACGGUGUUAUUCGCAGCUGAAAGAGAUUCUGAUGACAAACAGAACGAUUGAGCACUUGGCUCUCAUUAAUGUCUCAUUGGGGUCGAAGUGGUCUGAAGUGAUGGAGGGGUACAACAUGAACUCGAAGCAUGUCUUGAAGCAUUUGGACGUUUCAGAGAAUCAGAUGGAUGGGAAGGGUAUCAGUGCGAUUGGUACUGUCAUUCGAUGCCACGGACUCCUUUCUGUUAAUUUGUCGAAUGUUCUGUCGAAGAGUGCUUUGAUGUCAGCGUUUCUUGAUGACUUGAGAAAGGUGAAGACAUCGAUUCCAUUACAGAGUUUGAAUAUCUCUGGGUCUUCGAUGUAUUACACACAGGCGGAAUUCCUUGUUUCGUUACUCUCAGCUAUGUUGCCAUCACUGAAUGAAAUUAUUAUGAGAAACUGUGAAGUUCCAAAGGAGACGAGUUUGAUUAAAUGCGUCUGUGCACUUCAAAGUGUAGUCAAGGUCGAUAUUACAGGGCUCAACUUCACUCAAGAAGUCACUCAAGAGUGUGUGAAGACCCUUGGCGAAAAGAUGAAGAACCUCCACGAGUUGAUGCUCCAGAAUGCGAUUGUCGACAAGGCUGUGUUAAGAGAGUUUAUUGAAGAGAUUCCAGCGAAGGGGGUUACUUUGGACUUAAGUAAGAGCAAUCUCAACUCAGAGAUGAUGGUCAAUUUUGCACACAUGUUUGCUGGGUUGACAUCGGUGAAACGGAUAGAUGUGAGUGACACUGAAAUUGGUGAUGACGGGAUUAUAGCGUUAUGCGAGGCUUUAACACAAAACACAGAAGUAGAAGAGUUGAAUAUCUCUGGUGCUUUUGGACGAUCGAAACAUGUAAACACUUCGGUUGAAGUAGUGAAGGCCAUUUGUAAUUUGUUGGUAUCUGGAUGCCCCUUGAAAGUGUUGAGAAUGGCUGGUGGGAAAGACAAAGGAGGGAAACUUGGUAUUAACAUCACCCCACUCUUUGAUACUUUGGUCAAACAGAACCAACUUGAAGUUUUGGAUGUGAGCCGCCAUGACUUUGGAAAUAAAGGAGCGUUCUCAUUGUCGAAUAUGAUCAGGUCGAAUUCUAAACUGAAUGAACUCAAUUGGGACGAAAAUUCUGUUGGGGUUUCUGGGAUGAAAGCUGUCGCACUGAAACUCAAACACAACACCGCACUGCUCAAUUUCCAAAUUCCAGUCAUGGACUGCGGUGUUUUGAUGGGUAGGGAAUUGACUGAGGCUAGAAACAUCAUCAAUGACAUGUUGAUUUCGUCUAACUAA